GCGUCGGUCGUUAAGUUCAGUCGAUUGUCGACAGUUUUCAAAAGAGGUUCUGCUUUUCGUUCGCUUAUUGAAUUUGAAUUUUGCGGUUAUUUCAUAAGACUAUUGCCCUUUUGAUUUCCUGUUUAGACUCAGUUACAGGUCACAGUGAAAUUUCUGAAAAAUAUUCAAACAAACAAAUUCAAACACCGACCAUAAACGAGCAAUUAAAAGCCGAGUUCAUCCUCCAUUAAAAAAAAUAGAAAGUAAACACGAGCGCGCUAUAUUCGUUCCAUAUUAGUGUCAUCAGAAUUCAUUGAACUUUGGAUAAAGUUUUGCCAAAGCAGAAUAGGAGACAAAACGCACAUUACAGAAAUAAGUGUGUGGGAAAAUAAAAAAAAGAUACUGAAUGAUUCAAUACAAAUUAGUAUGGUGAUUGUUGAAAAUUAGAACUUUGGCCAAUGUAAAAAGAAGGGUUUUGUGAGUAAGAAGUGAAAACUGAAGAGCAGAGUACAGGCUCAUAGAAUAAAGAGGCUGAAAAGUCAACGAGAAGCUAUCAGAUUGCAUAGAAAAGUAUAUUCGCACGUAUCGUGAUUUUCGGCCGUGUCAUUCACCGCAUUUUGAGAUUCAAGUGUCUCAUUUUCACUGAACCAAAAACCGUUUGUUAAUACGACUGACGUAAGGAAAUAAUGGCACCAACUAUUCAUGAAGAUGACAUGGAUGCAUACAGCUAUCGAAAUAGCAAUCGAAUAUUACGACAUCGUUCUGUGAUUAAUUAUGUGGGUCGUCAAUCAAACCGAGAAAAUGAUUCAAAUGACGAGAUGGAGUCGAGUGAAAAUGAAAGUCAAGGGCGACGAAGCAGAGAAUGUAUUCCAUACUCAACCGAACGUCGAAACAUAAUCAAGCGUAUUCGAGAAACCAGAAUGUCGUAUGAUAGCGAUGAUUCAUCAAACAGUAUUCCAAGCCCCAUGUCAUUUCAUAACUAUGCAAAGCGUCAGAAGUUCAACGACUCCGAAGAUGAUGACGAAAAAUACAUAAGUACAUCAAGUGACUCGAAUGAAAACUCUGUAUCAUCAACCAUAUCGUUCAAUAACGACGUCAGCCGGGAAGGUGUGCGGCUUCAUUCUUUAAAUUAUUUAUUACGACCGACUGCGUUGGCUCCAUUUUCGCCUGUAUCGUCGACGACGGCUGGUGCGAUGACGGUAUAUUGCCAACCGAAAGCAUCUCCGCGUUACAUCAAUCCAUUUUAUCGUCAAGAUUUAAUGGAAAUUGCAAUGAAAACGAUCAUCCUACUGCAAAAGAAUCGUUCGUUGUACGCCCGACUUCAUCAACUUAAAUUAGAAACCCGUGCAUUCGUUGAUACAGUGAUGUCGAAUCCGGAGAACGCAAAAUUGCGACAAACAAUGAACCAAAGCAAUGAAAAAUCCUACGAUCAGCAACCAUUAGCUGUAAAAAACCAGUGAAAUUCAUUUGUCUCAUCAUAACUCACAGUUGAUACAUAACUUUUCUUAUUGUUUGUUAUACUAGUGUUCCCAUAUCAUUUUCGAAUCUAGUUUAAGAAGACUUUGAGCUAGCUCUCAAACAUUCAUUAGCAUGUCAAUACUUAUCUAUUGAAUUCCUAUAAUAUCGCAUGAACUAGAGUUUUGCAACAAUUUCUACGAUAACCAAAUGAUCGCAAUCCUAUUUCUUUUUGGUUCAAAGAAUGAUAGUUAAAGUUAAUCUCUUCUUUGGAUAUUGUUUCCAAGUAAAAUAAAAACGAAGAAAAAAAAAGAGUUAAAUCACAAAGUAUAUACAACGGUGAUCUCGUCUCAAGCAACAGGUGCAGAGUGUUCUCUAUUUUAACGAAUUUCUUGGAUAUCUUUCUCUUUGUACUCAAUUUGGAAGCCGAGGUAGCACACAAACUGUAAUUUGUCACAUAAUAUUAAGGCUUAUUAUAUGAUAGUGAAUAAAAAUAAACCGAUUUAGGCAGAA